CAUUUGAAACUACAAGGAAAGUCAAAUGGUCUUAAGGAGUCAUUUUCAUUUGCCUUCACCAUCCCGCGCUUGACAGUUAAAAUUUCUCAUUUGUAACUACCAUAAAAACGACGACGCUUCACCUCUCCGUCGUACAUCCAAGUUGCCGCACUUUUAACAGAGCCGCGUGAAUUUUAUACUAUCAAUGGCGAAACGUAGGGUGCCUCGGUGCGCGUAUUGUCUGGUUCUCAUUUUGUUUUAUGCGCGGAUAUGUGCGUCCAUUAGAUCAGAUCAAGAGAUCAGGGAAAGGUUUUAUGGAAAUCUUGUGAAUUCUUCGGGGACAGAUGCAGGAGAUGGCAGCAUAGCGAAAAUUAUCGAUCGGGUUCUGGAGAAAGAGUUUCCUGAGAAUGAGCAGUCUGCUGGAUCUGAUGGAACAAGCUUCAACAGCAGUGUAGCUGAUCAGCAAGCUGUAUUGGAGACUGUAGCAAAAAUCACUCAUGAGAAGGUCAAGAGGAAUGAUACACAAGAGGCGAAGUAUGGGAAUUGGGACACGGUCAUUUCAACUUCAAGAUGUUUUUUCCCUAGAACAAGAACAAUCUGAUGAUGCAACAACAUUGAUUGACAAGAAGGAUAAUGUGUUUGUAAUGUCAAACAAGAAAUCUAAGUAUCCAGUACUUCAAGUAGAUUUGAGAUUAAUUUCUGAUUUGGUGGUUAUCAUAGUUUCUGCUGCCAUUGGUGGAAUUAUCUUUUCAUGUUUGGGACAACCGGUUAUUGUGGGCUACCUUCUUGCGGGUUCACUUGUCGGACCAGGGGGGCUAAAAUUCAUUAGUGAAAUGGUGCAGGUUGAAACUUUUGCACAGUUUGGAGUGGUGUUCCUUCUUUUUGCUUUGGGGCUAGAGUUUUCUUUGGCAAAGUUGAGAGCAGUGGGGCCUGUUGCUGUUCUUGGAGGGAUCCUACAGAUUUUGAUAUUUAUGUGCUUGUGUUCCAUAACUGCUGUGUUGUGUGGAGCAAAGUUAUCAGAGGGUAUAUUUGCUGGUUCCUUCCUGUCAAUGUCAUCUACUGCAGUGGUGGUGAAAUUUUUAGUUGAACAGAACAGUAAUAAUGCUCUGCACGGUCAAGUUACAAUUGGAACACUUAUUUUUCAGGAUUGUGCUGUUGGUUUACUAUUUGCACUGCUCCCAGUUUUGGGUGGCAGUAGUGGCCCUUUACAAGGAAUGGUUUCAAUGGGAAAGCUGCUGCUGGUUUUGUCGGUAUAUCUCAUUGCUGCAUCUAUUUUCUCCUGGACAUUUGUUCCCCGCUUUCUAAAACUAAUGAUACAACUAUCAUCUCAAACAAAUGAACUUUAUCAGCUUGCUGCCGUUGCUUUCUGCUUAUUAUCUGCUUGGUGCAGUGAUAAGCUGGGCCUUAGUCUUGAGUUGGGCUCAUUUAUUGCUGGAGUUAUGAUAUCUACCACUGACUUUGCUCAACAUACUUUAGACCAGGUGGAGCCAAUUCGUAACCUGUUUGCAGCUCUCUUCCUUUCGAGUAUUGGAAUGCUUAUAAAUGUACAUUUCCUAUGGAACCAUGUGGACAUUUUGCUAGCAUCUGUUAUUCUGGUUAUUGUUGUAAAGACUGGUGUCGCUACUAUAGUUACCAAGUUGUUCGGGUAUAGCAUUAGGACAUCAUUCCUCGUUGGUGUAUCGCUUGCCCAAAUUGGAGAGUUUGCUUUUGUUCUUUUAAGUCGAGCCUCAAAUCUUCAUCUCGUAGAGGGAAAGAUGUACCUGCUACUUCUUGGAACAACAGCUUUCAGUCUGGUAACAACUCCUCUUCUGUUCAAAUUGAUACCUAGUGUUAUGAGCUUGGGAGUUCUUUUGCGUUUGUUCCCCUCAGAGAGCACCCCACGUGAUGAGGAGAAAUCUUCCCUUAUUGAAGUGCAUAACAGAAUAUUGUGAUCCCAAGUGAAUACUAACAGGAGAAAUCUCAAUGAUCUGCAAAAUCAGGGUUUGGUGCCAUUAUCAUUACCUUACAAGGUCUCAUUAUUUGAGGGCAGUCUGGGUAUCAGUUGCACCAAAGCUCAUCGCGGGAAAUAUACAUUCAUUUUUUUUUUUUAAUCAAGGAUUUCAUUUGUAUUUGUUAGACAAGUAAGCCUAAGAUACGGCCAAACCCAUAAUAUUUCAAUAUUCUUUGCAUUGUAAAUAUAAUUUUGUGGGUCCAUGACCCCUUCUUCAUGCAAGUCAGUUUGGCAUGUUGUAACCUAGAGCGGAAGUUUAAAGUGUUAGGAAAAAAACUUGAGAAGCAUUAACCAGGUUUAUGAAAUACAGAGUCAAAUAUUGCUUAUUCA